UUUAAGUAAACUAAAUAUAUCAUGACCGUAAGACCUCGAGAAAAACUAUCGGAAGGAGAUGAUGAUCCCGUGGAGGCUAUGCUUAAAAAAAGUGGCUGCUUAGAGUUGCAUUAUAAAGUGCAGGAAUGUAUCGCCACUACAAAAGACUGGAGGAAAUGUCAGACAGAAGUGAGUGAUUUCAGAAGCUGUAUUGAAAAACACAAGAAUGUAAACACAAGAAAUAAAAGUUGAAGUUUUUAGUCAAAAUAAAAUUAUUUAAUUCAUGAAAAUUUAG